AUGUUGAUGCCGAUGUCAACACCAACAUCGAUGCCAACAUCAACGUCAAUGCCAACACCAAUGUCAAUGCCAACACCAAUGUCAAUGCCACCACUAAUGUUAAUGCCAACACCAAUGUCAAUGCCAACACCAACGUUAAUGCCAACACCAAUGUCAAUGCCAACACCAACAUCAAUGCCAACACCAAUGUUGAUGCCAACACCAAUGUCGAUGCCAACACCAAUGUCGAUGCCAACACCAACAUCAAUGCCAACACCAUUUUUGAUGUUGAUGUCAAUGUUGAUGUCAAUGUCAAUACUAAUGUUGAUGCCAACAUUAUUUUUGAUGUCAAUACUGAUACCAAUGAUAAUGGUAAUAAGUAAUUUAAAUUUGACUUUUGUUUUAUUAUAUAAUAGAAUCUAA